AUGAUCUUCUUGUUAGCAUUGCUUUGUGUGGCCGCCGCCGACCUGACGUUGCCCAUCGAAUACAGCCUUGACGACUGGCAAACAUCGGCGACGCUCGGCAACAUUGUCGUACGCGAGGCUUACAACGGCAACUUUACUGGAACAUUCAAACCGUCGCUUGAAAGCAACGUGCUCGGAAACGCUCUUCAAAAUGCCCCAAAGAGUAUCUACCGCAUCCGAACGCAACAACCCGAAGUGACUGCUUCCAGCUCGGCCAAACCAUGUGCUCUUCUCGACGCCAAGCUCGUCCACAGUUUCUGGGUGUCCCUUGAUCAGUCUGGGAAGUUUGUGCAAUCGCUGACCGUAUUCCCGGAUACGGCCUUCGCCACCGGCGACACUAGCUGUAAAUUGCAGCCGAAGAGCAGUCUGGCCGGUAUCGUGCAGAUUGUCGGCACCGAACAACUGAAAAGCCCUGAUACCCAGUCGUUCAUCGAGAAAAUGGAGAAGGAGCGCAGGGCAAGACAGCACGGCGCCGAGACCGACAACCGUUCCUUCCUCGCCAAAUAUUGGAUGUACAUCGUGCCCGUCGUCAUCUUCAUGGCCAUCUCCUCGAUGGGACAGCAACAGGAAGGUGGUGCUCAA